AUGGCAUUCAAAAGAGGAGCACCAGCAUCCAAUUCAAAUGAAGUAGAGAUUUUGUUGGAUCUGAAGAAACAGGUUACUGUUCGUAAAUACAACAACGUCAAUUUAGUAGAUAUUAGAGAGUUUUAUACCGAUAGGGAUGGCGUCAAGAGACCAGGUAAAAAGGGAAUAUCAUUGACUGAAGACACUUACUAUAAGUUGUUGGAAGCUACUAACAAGAUUCAAAACGCCUUAGACGAUUUAAAUGGCGGAGCCCUGAACAAAAGAGUGAAAUUAGACAAAAAAGAGGAAAGACAUGAAAAACCACAGAAAAAGGAGCCUGAAAGGAAAGCUGUCAUUGAGAAGGAGCAGGAAAGUGAACAGAAAGAAGUGGCAGAGACUAAAAAACAAGCUUCCGAACCACAAGCAGAAGGGGAAGAAGAAAUUAGUGAUGCUGAUGAGUAG